AUCUCGAGGCUCAUUGGCUCCGCCCUACGGACACGCAUCUCUGCUCGCUGUAUUUAAUGUUGCCUACUCCGUCAUAGCAGCAGUUCUAGCUAGCUACGUGAGUCGAAACAACAGCUGGUCGCCACACUGUAGAUGGCAACAACAGACACUUCGCUGGUUAAAAGGAAUCGAGAAGAAAGUCGCGUCGUUUGUUCUUGCAAAUGCGAUAGGCGCGAUGUGAGCACACAGACCGAUACGAAAGUACGAGGUCAUGGACCCCGACUUUCCAAAGUCAAUCUGUUCACCCUGCUGAGCCUUUGGAUGGAACUUUUCCCCAGGAAUAAACCCCAACUGAAAAAUGCAACCGCACAACCACGAGUCACGGGUCUGGUGGUGGUCCAGGACCGCAACGUGAUUGGCCUGCACUGCUCCAGUGCCGAGCUGCACGUGGGGCAGGUGGCGGUCAUCAAACAUGGCCGGAGGCUGAAGGGCUGUGACCUGUAUUUCUCCAGGAAGCCCUGCGCCACCUGUCUGAAGAUGAUCGUCAACGCCGGUGUGAACCGGGUGUCCUACUGGCCCGGCGACCCCGAGCUCAGCCUGCUGUUGCUUAGCGACGACGGCGGCGGCGGCAAGAGCGGCCCGGCCGACGGGCAGGCGCGGGCCGUCCCCGACGACGCCGAGCUGGACGCCAAAGCGGCCGAGCGCCUGAAGUCCAACAGCCGCACGCACGUGUGCGUGCUGCUGCAGCCGCUGCCCGGGGACAUGCAGCAGUUCGCGGCCGAGACGUCGGCCGGCGGCGACUUCCUGGAGCGCGUGGCGGAGGACGGCGGCGGGCUGGACGCGGCGGAGCUGUUCGCCGCCCAGCGCGAGCGGCGCCUGGAGGACCUCACCGCCGCCUUCUUCGUCCCGGACAAGGGCCUGCACCGGGGCGUCCUGCGGCGCAUGGGCCUGGAGACCUUCUGCACGGAGCCCUCCUUUAGCAACCUGCGGCAGCACAUGCGCGACCUGAUCGGGGUGCUGGCCUCGGUCGCCUCCAGCGUCCCGGACCCCCGGAUGGGGUACGGCUUCCACGCGCGGGACCGCGCGGAAGGGCCCGGGCCCGGGCUGGGGCUGCCCCAGGACGUCUCCCGGCACUGCAUCGUACAGGCCCGACUGCUGGCCUACAGGACGGAGGACCCGAAAGUUGGAGUGGGUGCUGUGAUCUGGGCUGAAGGGAAGUCUGAUCGCUGUGACGGGACGGGGCGCAUGUACCUGGUGGGGUGCGGCUACAACGCCUAUCCGGCGGGUUCGGAGUACGCCGAAUUUCCCCAGAUGGACACCACGCAGGAGGACCGUCAGAAAAGGAAGUACAGAUACAUCCUCCACGCGGAGCAGAGCGCGCUCAUAUUCAGGUGUGCAGAGAUCAAGGAGGACGAGAACACGAUGCUGUUCGUCACAAAAUGUCCGUGCGACGAGUGUGUCCCCCUGAUAGUGGCCGCUGGAAUCAAACAGGUGUACACCACGGACCUGGACAGCGGCAAAGACAAGCACGACAUCUCCUACCUCAAGUUUGACUGCCUCCAGGGGGUGCAGAAAUUCGUAUGGCAAAGAAAUACGCAAGCUGGAGAUGUUUCAGAACUACCCAAACAUUCGUUAUCAAAUGGUUGUGUCCGGAACUGUGAGACUACUGCUGAAGAGGGUCACUGCACUAAGAAAGCUCGCUUUUAAAGGAAUGGUGAGCAGGCUCCAGGAAGAUUGUGGGGGGGGGGGGGGGGGGA